AAGCCCCUACUAUUUCUCUUAUUCCAACUCCGUACGACCGCAUCCACGCAAUUGUUUUGUCUCUUGUGGUUCCGAUCGAUGCGCAGAGAAGUGAGCGAUGGUGCCCAGAACGGUUGGGCAAUCGAAUGCUUGGAACUUCACGCGGCUUCUGACAACAAGAGCAGUUUCAUUCGCGGCUUCGAGCCGAACCACCUUGGAAUCGGCUUCCGGUGACGGAGAACUCCGGCUGUUCAUUGUUGCCGGGGAGGUUUCCGGUGACUCCAUUGCUUCUCGUCUUAUGGUCUCCAUCAAAAAGCUCUCUCCUCUCCCCGUACGCUUUGCUGGCGUUGGAGGGCAUAUGAUGUCAAAGCAAGGGCUAAGCUCUGUCUUUCCUAUGGAGGAUAUAGCAGUGAUGGGUCUUUGGGAGUUACUACCACAUCUUAAUCAGUUCAGACUUGGAUUGGAAGAAGCCGUGCAAGCUGCUCUUAGAUUUCGGCCUCAUGCUGUAUUAACAGUAGAUGCAAAGGGAUUCACCUUCCGUUUCCUAAAACACUUGCGAGCUAGGUACAGGAAACAACAAGGGAUGAUCGGCCCUUUGCAUUUUCAUUAUGUUGCACCAUCAUUCUGGGCCUGGAAAGGCGGUGAAGGUAGAUUGGGUGGACUGGCUGAAUUUGUGGACCACGUCUUGUGUAUCCUUCCCUUUGAGGCUGAAGUGUGUAGAUCAAAUGGUUUAGCUGCAACUUUUGUAGGCCACCCCACACUUGAAGAUAUGUUUGAGUUUGAGGGGAGAGAUUCCACAGAAGAUGGGUGGAAAGUUAAGGGGAAUGCAGAAAAGUUUAGGAAUGACCAUGGAAUAUCUACAGGAUCCAAAGUCAUUUCCUUGCUUCCUGGAAGCAGAUUGCAAGAGGUCACUAGAAUGCUUCCCAUCUUCAGUGACACCAUGAAUCAACUACAAGAGUCAUUUCCGGAGUUGGUUACUGCUAUCCUGGUUGCACCUAAUUCACAUGUGGAGAAUUUCAUCAGCGAAGCUACCCGUGACUGGCCGACAUCUGUUGUAUUGGUUCCAGGAGGGUCACCGCAGAUGAAGUACGACUCUUUCAGUGGUAGCAAUGUAGCGCUAUGCACUUCCGGGACGGUAGCAAUGGAGUUGCAGCUAGCACGCCUACCCUGUGUUGUUGCCUAUCGAGCACACCUCCUAACAGAAUUGUUCAUACGUUAUAAAGCUAAAGUGUCCUACAUUUCUCUUCCUAACAUUCUGUUAGAUUCAGAUAUUAUACCAGAAGCUUUGUUUCAUGAUUGUACUCCUUCAAGAUUGGCAACAUUGCUCAGGAAUUUGGUUCUUGAUGAAAGCCUUCGACAAAAGCAGAUGAUUGGUGCGGAAAAGGUGAUUGGAUUACUUAAGCCGCCCGAACUAAUAAACAGCAGCUCGACACAACUGAUUGGUUAUACAGCUAGUAUGAUUGCAGCUUCUACCAUUCUCUUUUCCAGAAGGACAUGAUUGCCCUUGAGUUAUUGGGAGAGGAGUGAUGACAUCACCAUCUUAAUAAAGGAAGUUGUCAAAAUAAUAUGGCAUGCGGAGAUUGAGUCAACUGGAGCUUUAAUGGGUCACCCUUCACAAUGAAAUGUCGAAGCAGAUUGUUGAAAUGUUUUUUGGUUUUGCUUCUGAGUUACACAAUGUCUAACUUGGUUUGAGAUCUGACGGUUUGAUAUGUUGUACAUUAUAAUUGUGUCAGCCUGUUAUUCUUAUCACUUUUAAUCUUCUUCUGGUAUGUGUUUGAAAACUCCAUAUAUAUUUUCUUAUCUCUAAUAAUUUCAGGUUUAAAGUGCCGUAAACAGAAAAA